UAUGCAUUUGACUUGACUGAUGGAAGGCUGGUAUUUCGUGCUCCGUAUGGACAACCUGAUUCAUUCACCACUGAGGUGAAUGGUGUUCCAGUAGAGGUGGUCCAUGCAACUCUUGUUUCCAGACAAAGCUGGGUGGUCCUCAUGGUCGACCUGGAGGCUGCUUGCUCCACAGAUGAAGGAUCAUAUGAUGACAGUGGCUACAUGAUGUGGGCAACUCCUGAGGUGCUGCACUCGCUGGUGUCCGGUCUACACAAGACACAGCUCAACAUUGGAGUCAAUGGUGAACUUGUGGAGCAGCCAGUUGCAGAGGAGAGAGGCUACAUCGUGGAGAAGCACAACACUACAGUCCAGAUCAGCAUCCCCUAUAAUGCUGAUGGAGGAUACAGGAAGAGCUUGGUGUCUGGCGACCUCUACGAGUUCUACAUCUUUCACCUCUACUUGGAGCAAAUCUCAGUGGAAGAGGACCAAGUUGACACCAGAAUUCGUUUCCACAGGACGCUGGCGACGCCUAUGCUGCCACGCCCUGUUUUUACUGAAAACAGAACAGUUCUUGAGGAGCGCAUAUUCACUGUCUACCUUGGAGACGUCCCUGAGGACGUUGAGUUGGCUUCUGUUAAUUUGAAUGGACAAGAAUUUACGGUUCCACUUACAAACACAAGCAGCCACACCAUCACAAAGGUUGUUCAUCCCAACAACACUUAUGGCUACACUCUGAGGGUGCCUUUUGAUGACCCUGUUGUCAUGCAGCAGUUCUCUAAAGAAGAUGCAGCCAUGCAGCACACACUGGACAUCAACUACACACUGACCGUCUUGCCUGAGAACGAGCCUUUUCACCAGCUGGUGUCAGUCAUGGCCUUAUCUGAUGCCUCUCCUCCAGCUUUUGACGCUGUCUGUUCUGAGUCAGGCAUCAGCUUCAGACUGGACCACCGGCCUUUAGACUACCUGUGGGUGAUCAGUAUCGACUCAGACCCGCUGACAUCAGAGCUGGCAGCCCAGCAUGGCUACAUCAUGAGCAACGACAGCCAGAGUCUGCUGCUCGACGUGCCGCUCUUCACUCAUGGCUACGAGUACAAGGACAUUACUUUGAAUGGCUUCACUGGCACCUUCGAGAUCCUCAUGCGGGAUCCUGAAACAUCAGAGGUUCAGAGUUCAACUGUCAAGACUUGCCCGUUCUCCAAUAAUGAAUUCAUUAUGUGUUCAACUGACGGGAAGAUGACUGUGGCAGCUGACUUGUCUCUGGCCAUCCCAAGUGGAGGAGUUCCUGCUAGAACCAACCUCCGAGACAAAUACUGUGGACCCAAAGAGACGGACAGCACCAGGGCUCUCUUCUCUUUUCCACUCAACAGCUGUGGAUCCAUCGUCAAGCUUGGCAAGGAGUAUGUGACCUAUGAAAACGAGAUUUUCUUCAGCAAGAAGCUGCAUGCUAUGAAAAAUCCAGCAGACUCCAGCUAUGAUAUUGACAGAGUGACGAUGCAGUGCACAUAUCCUCUGGCUGGACUGUUCCGCCUCUUCUCAAUGUACAGGUUUGAGUCUGACACCGUUGGGGUGGGCCGCAUCGUGCAUUCUGCGCACUCCACUGAAAGUCUACAGAGUCCCACCAUGAAGCCUACUAUAGUGCUUCAAACUCCAGUGUCAACUACCAGACGCAACAGAAGACCUGUCUCAAUACGACCUGGCUACCAACCUGCUCAGUAUGUCAAAGUAUCAAGCUUUCUGAGGAAUCUGCCAAAGAAAGGAGCCAGAGGAUCUUCUCAAUCUAAAGUACAUGCCAACAUAGUUUGAGGAUGGUUUUGAUGUAUUUUUAACUGUAAAUCUCAAUAAAAUUUCUUUAAAAAAAAAAA